CUGUCUUAGAGCAGAGGCAGUGUUAAGGCUUGUACUUUGGUUGGCUUUCUAGCUCUACGGGCAUUUCCAUCUAGAGCUUGCUUCUCACUAGACCUGCAGGUAAAGGUUGGUUCCUGGGCCUAAAUGCUUCCAGACAGGGAGAUGUAUUCAGCAUUGGGCAGGCAUCAAAACAAGAGUGGGUCCAAGCCGAUUCCUGUGGUGAUCAUAGGGAAUGGACCUUCUGGAAUCUGUCUCUCGUAUUUGCUGUCAGGCUACACCCCUUACUUCAAAAGACACUCUCUUCAUCCUCAUCCCAUUCUUCAGAGCAAACUACAGGAGGCAGCGGAUGUGUCCAUUUUGGACCAGGAUUUGGAGUAUCUGUCUGAAGGUUUAGAGGGAAGAUCCAAUAGCCCUGUGGCUCUUCUGUUUGAUACCCUUCUGCGACCUGAUACAGACUUCGGUGUGAGUGCAGAAUCUGUGCUCACUUGGAGGCACGAGGCUGACAGAGCCAUCCCCCACCUGGUCCUUGGCAAGAAUCUUCCAGGAGGUGCCUGGCAUUCUAUUGAGGGCUCUAUGAUUACCCUGAGCAGAGGGGAAUGGAUGGGACUUCCAGAUCUCCUGUUCAAAGACUGGCUAAAGCAAAAGAAAAGGGGCCUCAGAAACCAUAGAGCCACAGCAGAAGACAUUGCUCAAUACUACCAACAUUAUGUGAUGAAGAAAGGGCUGCAGAAGAACUUUAGAUGUGGGACUGUUGUAACCUCUGUGAGGAAAGUGAGUGCAAAGAGCAUCUCCAACCAUGCACAAGAAGAUCCACAGAAGAGUGACUUGCUCUGGAACUUCAGUGAGGGGAGUAUGGAGGUCUUUCAGGUGGAUGGAUUUGUCAAAACUGUCAGAGGUGACAAGGAGCCCUUCACUGUCUAUGCAGAGAAUGUAGUCUUAGCUACAGGAACGUAUGAUAGUCCCACUUGGCUCAGGGUCAAAGGAGAGAACCUUUACUAUGUCCAUCACCAGCUCUCUGCCCUAGAGGAAGCAGUGAAAAACAGCAGUAUUGGUAUCACAUCAGAUCCAGUUUUGAUUGUGGGUGCUGGUUUGACAGCCGCUGAUGCGAUCCUUUUUGCUCACCACUGCAGUAUUCCAGUAAUUCAUGUUUUUCGGAGACGAGUCAGUGAUCCAGGUCUUAUUUUUAACCAGCUACCCAAAAUGAUGUACCCGGAAUACCACAAAGUCCAUCAGAUGAUGAAAGAACAGUCAGCUGCUUGCGCUGGGCCCUAUGAGUGCUAUGUUAGCCUACCUGAGCACAAUGUACUAUCUUUUGGCAAGGACAAGAAGUGUAUCCUUCAAGACAAGAAUGGCUGCCAGAAAGCUUAUAAAAUUUCCAUGGCUCUUGUUCUAACCGGUUCAAAUCCCAACCUUUCCUUUCUGCCAAAUAACGGAAUUGACUUGGCCAUGGACAGUGACCAACCAGUCAAUCCCAAGAGGAAUCCCAUAGAUGUUGACCUGUUCACUUAUGAAUGUUCUCAGGAGAAAGGGCUUUAUGCUCUGGGGCCUCUAGCUGGAGAUAACUUUGUACGCUUUGUGCAGGGUGGGGCCCUGGCUGCUGCCAGCUCUCUCUUAAGGAAAGCAAACAAAAAUCCUCCAUAACAAAAAAGGCCACCUAUGCUAACAACAUCUGAACGGGUUGCUGCCAUUUUCAGAGAAUUUGAUAUGUACGUCCUUAAAUGAGAAGCCCACUCUUGCGGUUCUCCAGGAUUAUGCAGAGUUGCUAAGUUCUUGCUGAGUUAUUUGGAAAGGUUACAUCACCAAACAGCGUGAGUUUCAUUCAUGGCAGCAACUUUAUUCCCAGGAUAUUCUGCUCCUUUUCUACAUAGCUGUGUAUGAGGGCAGUAGGGGCAUUGAACCUUCCUCUUGCACAAGUGGAGGGUGAGGUAGCAAUCGCUCUUCUGUGUUAACACCUCCCAGGUUUCUGAAAACUGAAUUGAGGAAGAAUUGAUGUCAGUUACUUCCAGACAGCAGGCUGACAACUCUGUGUCUGUCAGUCUUCCAGUGUUUGUGAUGAAACAAAACAAGCCAUGGUGGUUUUGAUUGCUCCUGUGGGUCAGCUAUAUGUUCUUAUUAGAUGAAAACUCACUGGAAGAAGUGCAAAUAAACUGGCAUAGAAGUACAGCCAAAAACGUAUCAUCUCAUUGAUGACGCCAGCAACAUGUAAUAUAUAGUAUCUUUUUAUUCAAAAGUUCUGUAGUGUUUUUUCUUCUUCUGGGAAGUGGUGACACUGAUUUUGCAAACAUCCGGUUUGCCACUGGCAGCUUUCUGCUAACUCUGCCAUGGCCAAGUUCUUGACAGCCGCUGCAGAGACAGCAGAACAAAAUGGGAGCUGCUGGUCUGCCUUGAAGCUCUGCCCAGGCACUGAGUGGGGCUUCUGCUGCAGGUGCUUCAGAGAAAAGCAAUAUGUCAUGUACUGUAGUGUGAAUUUCUAAUGUAAAGUCAUUUAAUAAUAAUAAUGUGUAUUAAGGGGAAAUGGCGCCAUCACAUUUUGAUUGUUUGUGGUAAAUAUUUUGAUUUUUUUUUAUAUACUGCAUUUCUUAAGAAAGUUCUUUUUUAAUUGACAAAGCGUUUUGCUACAUGCUUUCAGUCAGAGUUUUGAAUGAGCUGGGAUGGAUGGGAAUGAUGCCUUGUGUUACCAGCAGCAUUCCCAACAGCCCUGCAAGGCCUUCUGUAGCUCUCUUAGGAAAAAAAUGAGAGUUAUAGCUAAAGUAAUUAAAACAAAGGCACUCUGCCCCCUGUGCUGUAAUGACGCUCACUGAUACAGCAGGAUGCUUCACAAAGCACUGGAAACCUGUAUGCGUGGAGACAGUGGCUGCUCUGAAGGGAAUGAGCCUCCAGUUGUGCAGGGAGAUGUGUAAGGAGCCUGCCUGCAGUGUUACUGUAUCACACCUGGGUGCCUUUGCCACUGACUUCUAUGGAAUAUUUUUUCAGUAAAGUUAUUUCAGACUUA